AUGGCUCGACCACGUGUUUUGCCGCAAUUUGUGUUCAAUUCGCGUGAUCCAAUCGUCAUGGGCGUAAUUGUAGAAGCUGGAGUAGUAAAAGAAGGAACACCAAUCUGUGUACCUAGUAAAGGGGUGUUUCCAAUUUUCCCUGAUAUCUCGACUGCUUGUUUUGAAAGCGAGAUUUUGAUUUUAUUUAAUGAAGGCUUGAGAACAUUUUACCUUCAAAUAUCAAAUGACGAUGUAAAGGGAAAGAUGAACAUUCACUACACAAAAUUGAGACUAAUUUUGAUGGGCAAAGACUUUCCAAAAUGUAAAAAUUAG